CAAAUGGAGAAGUAAGAACAAGAGAGACAGAUGAGGAUGCCGUUGAUUUGGGUUACUGUCAUUUGACACUGUUCCUUCAUACAUCGCUCAUCUCUUCUAUUCUUCCUGGAACCACACCACCAACAAUAUCUUAUUUGAAACCAAACUGCUACUCCAUGUCUUCUCAGAUACCAAUAUGAAGCGCCUCUUCAUCCUGUGUGCACUGUUGUGUGGAACUCAAACAUCAUCAGAGAACAUCAGUGCUGGUUAUUGGGAUACUACUACUGAGCCCUCCAAUUCUUUAGCUUUUUCAGCAACACUGUCCACAGAUGAAACCACCCAUGUUACCAGCUCCACGCCUGAUGCCACCACACCGUCACCAGUCUCCAAAAGUCAGAGCACGUCGCGUUCACCUGCCACAGAGCCACCCAUCUCAACUAUUUUUAUGUUUAGCAAGGAAUGUCUUCCAAUGUUCAUGGUGGCUGGCGGCCUGAUCAUAGCCUGUGCCAUUCUGCUGGCUUCUAUUGUGGUCUUGAUAUGGAAGGUGUGCCAAUUGAGCAGGCACAUCAAGAUGCUGAGCAGCAACGCUGACCUGAUCAGCACCAAUGAUUACUGGAUGGGAACUGUCAAGAAGAACAAAGAGACAGAACCCGAAGAGACCACUGUGUUAAUGUCUGACAUCAAUCCAACAAUGGAGGAGAUGGGUAAUGGUACCACCAAGGAAGACGGAGGGAAGGCAAAGGAGGAUGGACAAACAGAAGGGGAGGACAAGAAGGAGGUGGGAGACACGAGUGCCAAGAGUGAGGACGCUUCGGCUACACCUGAAGCCGUUGAUGAAAAGGCAGCCUCCUCAAAGCCACAAGAGGAGGCCACUGAUGCCCAGUCCACCAACGCAGUAGCAGCCUCCUCCUCUGAGGACACAGAGGAACCAAAGGAUGGGGUGUAGAGUUGUGUGUGUGGGUGUGUGUGUGUGCCAAAGAGUUUCCUGAGCACCUGGUUGUACUUCCCCAUAGUUUUUUUUUAACUAUCCCUUUUACAGGAAAUUAAUGGUACUUCUUUCAGCAGCUUUUGCUUUACAGUAAUUGCAACAACUGCGUGUCAAACUGGGCACUGAGCAUUUCUGGCUGAAAACAGCUGGUUUAUACUGUGUUUCUCCAUUAGUUGUGUAUGUUGGAAUACAGUAAUAUUAUCAUGCAUACAUUUCUGUGCAAGAAUAUCUGUGUCUUAACUUACUCUUGUGAUGUAUAUACAUUUUUAUUACAUUUGUGAUGGAUAUGACAACAGCCAGAGGAAUAAAAGAUAACGUGACCUCA